AAUUCUUAGUUACAAGACAUUAAAGUGUAAAGUAACCUAUGAAUUUAGGCGUGUUUAACAGAGUUAAUCUUAAGGAUUCCCAAGGAGGAAUGUAUUCCGAAUGGGCUUCUCUAAGUAUUUUAAUUCAACAAGGCUCAGAAGAAAGCCAAAGUGUUCUAGAGAAAUUUUCUCCUGGAGCAGGAAAAGAAGUUGCUUUAUCUAUUGUACGUCAACUGGCUGCAAAUCUUGGUAUUACACAAGCAGCUGAGCCUAGUCCAUUAUGUACAGAUAAGGAAGUACAAUGGUGUAUGGAAGUAAUAUGUUUUGGGUUAUCAUUACCCCUAGCUGAACAUGAUACUGUUAGAGAUUGUGUUAAUGUAUAUUGCGAAUGGUUAUCUGCAUUAUAUUCUACACCAAAGAUUUGUGUACCUAGACCAAUUGUAGAUGAUCCCAAUUUUUAUGCCAGAAAAAUAAUCAGUCACUUUCAUAAUUUGUUUGUUCCACGAAAAGGAGAAGUCUGGCCAUUUUUAUAUCAGGAUCUAGGAACAGAUACAAUUAAUCGACAAGCUGUUUUAUGUCAUAGAGUACUUAGAACAUUACAACAAAUUGCAAGAGGUCCUGCCACCUUAGAAAGAGAAACUUGGGAAAGCUUAUUAUUAUUUCUUAUUGGAAUUAAUGAUGCACUUUUAGCUCCCCCAGCAACAAGAGAGGAUGCUGGAGAACAAUUAUGUGAAAGAGUCCUUGGUGUACUAUUGGAGGUAUGGUUAGUAGCAUGUGAACGUAAUUUUCCGUCACCACCAUUAUGGCGUACAUUAAGAGAAUCGUGUCUUCGAUGGCGACACAGAUUAGCGCUGGUAGAACAGUGGAAUCGUGUCUGCCUUGCCCUUACAGCAAGACUUCUACAAAUUAUGUAUGGUCCGAUGUUUCCAGAAUUAAAAAUAAGUGAAGAAGAUUCUCAACUUGUACCACCUACAAUGUCAGAUGAAGCAGUAGCACAAGCAUGGUACAGACUUUUGCGAACUAUAGGUGAUCCUGUUGAUUUAUGCAGACCUGCUGUUAUUUCACAGACACAGGCAUUUUUACAGUAUGCUAUUGCUAGUCCAAAUGUAAUAGAUCCAUGUCAACACCCAUGUUUACAAAGUUUACCACAAAUAUUUUUAAAAGCCAUAAAAGGUAUAGCUGGACAAGUUGAUGCUUUUCUUGGAGUUUCACAGGCAUGCUGCUGGGAAGAAUGUUGUGUAUCUACCAUCACAUCUGGAUCUGCUAGUACAGGAAGUGGAGGUGUAGGAUGGGAUAAAUCAAGUAGCAAGGAUAUGACACAACCUUCUCCUACACCUCCAACACAACGCAGACUUGCCAAAAGUUUUAGUGUAACACCUUCUGCAGUGACUAAGGGAAUUCCAAAAUCAUCCUUAAUUGGUUUAACAACAAGUCGUGUUUCAAGUACACCACCUAUAUUAAUAUCUAAUUCAGGACCAUCAUCUGCUUCAAGUACAACAUCUAUGACUUCUUUAGUCCAAGAUAUUAGACCUCCUUUAGCUCCAGGACGUCCAAAGUGUAAUAGUAUAUUGCACCUUUUUGGUGAAUGGUUAUUUGAAGCUGCAUUCAUAGGUACAGAUGGAUGGUCACAAAAUUUACCACAACCGUCAGGUGCAUCGAAACGUCCAUCUUCAGUACUUGUUGAAGGUCCUAGUUCUUUGCAAGAAGCUGUUAAUGAUGUUCCACCAGCUCUUUGUAUAGAUCGUUAUGAAUCAGGGAGAGCAGAAGCUUUGGGAGCAUUAUGUAGAAUAUUUUGCGCUAAAAAAACUGGAGAAGAAAUUUUACCUGUCUAUCUGGCUAGAUUUUAUCAAGCAAUGAAUCAUGGUCUUAAAGUUGAUGAAUCUCGAGAAUGUGGAGAAACAUUAUCAAGUAUUCUUUUGAAUUCUGCUGAUUUGUUUCGUCUCGAUCUAAACGGUGUGCAAGUAUUAGUACCUGCAGUAAUAUCAGCAUUAGAAACUGUACUUCCAGAGAAAGAUUUAAAACUUAAAUCUAAUGCAGUAACAAAACCAGAUUUACGAAGGGCCUCAAUACAUAUAAUUCAUACAAUUUUUACUUUAUAGAAUCUUACUAUUAAGGAACUUCCAUUAUUUACAAGCCCAAUGGUUGCUGAAAAAUGUCAUGUAACAUUUGCACAAUUAAAGUCAAGACUUAUGAACUUGCUUAUAAAUGCGUUGCAAGUUGAAACUGAUCCUCAGAAUACUCAUAUGUUAUUAGGAGCUCUUUUGUUAAGUGUCCAGGACUCUGCAGCUGCAGAAGAAGUUGAGCAAGUUACACAGCCUGAUACUAUAGCACAUGAUUCUACUGUUAAUUUAUUAUCGUCAGUCACCAGCGAUUCUGCCAGUCAAAUAAGCAUAUCCAGUGAUCAACGCUCGCUCGGCGAAACCUCUGAUAUUACCACUCUUCAAGAGGAAUGUAUUGCAUUUGAUUCAGCUCAUGCUCUCUUCGUGAGAGCAACGUAUUUAGUUUGCCAUAGAUUAAUAUCAUCAUGGAAGACAGACCUAAAUAUUUCUUUAGCAGCUCUUGAAAUAUUAUCAGGAUUAGCAAGGACGCGCAUUCGUGAAACAGCAAGGAAACUUACAGAUGCUUUGGAAUGUAAACGUGCAGUGAAGUGGCUCUGUGAUUAUAUUGUAUAUCAAUGUUGGCGUCCACCGCCAGCUCAUUCAAAAGAUCUUCAUUCCUCUAUUGUUGCUGCAUUUAGUUGCUUAACAACUUGGUUAACAGCUCAUCCACAAUUGCUUCAAGUUUGUAUUUGAUUUCUGUCUAAUUGCAGCAGAUAUUACUUUCUUAACAAAUUUAUAUAUAGAAUCAUUGUUAUAGGAUAAAGAUUGUUGAAAGAAUUGAAACCAGCAUCUAUGCGUGUUAGAGAUGCUGCUGAUGCACUUCUUACAGUCAUUUUAGAACAAGUUGGCUAUUUUCCUAGUGCAUGUGGAGCACAAUCAUUAUCAUCGUUAUUAGACGAAGUAUCACUUCUCCGACAUUGCAAUAGUUGGACUGGUGGUCGAGUUCCGCGUCAAGCAGCAGUCGAAAGAUUUAGAUAUUUCGUGGCUGAAAAUGCUACAAUAUUAGCCUUAUUAGAAGAACCUCUCGGGAAUGAUCAAGAUCCGCAGCCCACUGUAACGGUAUUGAUACGUGGACCAUUUGGCAGACACGCAUGGACAAUGCAACUUCGACAUUUACCAAGACACAGGUCUAGUAUAAGAAGUGUAAAUACAAAUCCAGGUCGACCACUACCAUUAGCAGAAGCUGCUCCACGAACAGAUUAUAAGCCUCGAUUUUUUCCUGAUAAUGUGGAUCGAAUACCACAUUGCAAAGUGGACGAAUCUAUACCAAGUUUAGAAGCAGUUAUGAAUGAUAAUGACAUUGUAAGAAACGAGCAUCAAAUUUUAUCACAGUUAUUAGAACGUCAAAUGAAUAUUGAAGCAAAAUAUUGCGAUGGAAACGAUAAAGUUUCAGAAGAAAAAACAGAAGAAUGUGCACCACCACAAAUUUGUCAUGAAUUUCAAACUGCACGUCUUUUUUUAAGUCAUUUUGGUUUUUUAAAUAUGGAACCGAAAGAAAAUAAUGAAUCUAGAAAUAGUGGUCUUACCGCUUUAGAUCCAACCAUUCCAGGAUUUUGUUUAGAUUUAGAAACUUUAGAUAAUAUUAGUCCAAGAACAUGUGAUACUGUAUACAUUUUUUAUGUGAAAGCUGGUCAAAAAUGUUCUACAGAAAUAUUGUCUAAUGUGUUGCAUGAAUCAAAUGUAUCGUCAAAUUUCUUGGAAUUUUUAAAUACUCUUGGCUGGCCAGUUUCUGUAUCAGUGCAUGCAGGUUGGACUGGACAUGUUUCUACUUCAUGGAGGGUAACACCACAAUUGAAUGUACCACAGCCAGCUCAUAGUGAUCACGGCGGAGCUCUUUAUAACGGUGAUACUCACGUUCUUUACUGGGCUGACGUUAGCUCGGAAAUUGCUUUUAUUGUUCCCACUCAAUCAAAUAAUAUGGUAAAUUCGGACUCAUUAGAGGAAACAAGUUAUGGUAGUGAUACUAGUAGUAAUCAAGUUUGGUUUGAAAGAAGUAUUAGCGAAAAUACUUCUCGAAAUAGUGGUAUAGGACAGAACACAAUACAAAACUCACGAACGAUGUCUCUUGAUUUAGAAAAGCAGCCAUCCAGUUUGAUAGGAUCUAGUUCUUGUACUUCUUCUAGUGGUGAUCUAGUUAAACCAAGAAGAACAACAAAACAAGUUUUACCUGUACAAACUGAUAUUAAAAUUAUGGUUGUUUGGUUAGAAAGUGUAGAAGAUUAUGCUCAAUUUCCAAUUGGUGAUCUUCUUCCUUGUACUUAUACUGGUCUUGAACAAUCCAGAGUGAUUCAAGUAUCAGAUGUCCAAGUAAUUUUUCUUCAAGCUCUUAGUAAUGGGCUAAUGAGAGUUAGAUUGCAAGGUCCAAUUUCUAGAAUCAAUCUAGCCACUCCUCUAAUUGAUGGAAUGGUUGUAUCUAGAAGAGUACUGGGAACACUUGUUAGGCAGACUGCAUUAAACAUGGGACGUAGGAAAAGACUGGACAAUGAUAGUUAUCAUCCACCUCACGUACGUAGACGUUUGAAAAUCCAAGAAAUGGUACAAAAAUAUAGGAAGAAUUUAACUGAACCAGAAUUACUGACACUUUUAUUUAGUAGUACUCAAACUUAUAAAGUUCAGUAA